AUGUCCUCUGUCACUGACCCUUACGGCGGGUCCAAUGAGCACCACCAGUCGGGAAGAACGCGAAGGAUCGUGUCUCUGGUGUUCUCGUGCCUUGUGGCCAUGGCUUCGGGUACUCCGUAUCUUUUCGGCAUCUACUCGCCCCAGGUGAUGUCCAGAUGCCAUUUCACCGCGGAGGAUGCCAGCUUUUUGACGUUUGGCUCCACGUUGGGUUCCUCCAUUGGCGGACUGGCUGCUGGGCUGCUGAUCGACAAGUUCGGACCCAAAUUUGCGAUAUUUCUGGGGGCCAUACUGGAGUCUGGCGCAUUUGUGAUUCUGUAUCUGACAUACAAAUUCCAGCUCCAUCAUCUGUGGCUCCUGGAGAUCGCCAUGGUUAACGUUGGAUUUGGCUCGGUACUUCCGUAUUUUGCAACGUUGAAGGUAGCCACCAUCAACUUCCCCAAACACAAGGGCAUGGCGAACGCCUGUCCAGUCUCAGCUUACGGCCUGGCUGCCCUGAUGUACGCUUCCAUAUCCACGGUGUUCUACGCGGGCAACACACAGGGCCUCCUCAAGUUUAUCGCGAUUUUCUCUGGCGUGGUCAUUGGCAUGGGAUUUUUCUUUAUAGACAUCCACGAGCCGGACGAGAAUGCUCAGGACGCUGAGGACGAACCGUCCGGGAUUAAGUACCUGCUCAAGGGCCAUCGCGGCUCGUUUGCACAGCUGAAUCUCGUGCGACGGAGCUCUAACUCGUCCUUAUUCUCGUCGACGUCAGAGGUUUCCUCACUGUCUGUGUCCACAACGUCUUCUGGGACCUCUACCAUCACUAAUAACCCGAUUUCAAUCACCAGUGCGCAAAAUAAAUCCCCAUAUUCGUCGCGGCCUAGCAGCUACUCGCCGAUAUCGUCGUCUCCGGUGGAGUUCAAGACGAAACAGUCGCUAGCUCGUGCAAACUCCUACAGACUAGGCUCCUCACUGAGCAAUUCGCCCCGAAACCCAGGAUGGCUUGGAAACGCGUCUAAAAAAAAUGUCAAGGAAGAGGCUCUCGUUGACGAGGACUCGCCUCUCAAUCCUGGCAGCGACUCAUACAGUGCAUCAGUGCUGAGCAUGCCUCAAAGUCAGCAAUCGGAGGUGCUCGAGACAACUCCUGCAGACGAGCUAGCAGACGCUAUCAAACGGAAAAAAACCACGCACCGCACCAGCAAGGAGCACAUCCACUGGCUCUUCAAAAAUAGAACAUUUGUCUGCCAUUACGUCCUGAACGCACUGUUCUGUGGCAGUGGACAAGUGUACAUUUACGGGAUUGGAUACAUUGUCAAGGCGCAAAUGAACAAAAAUCCAAACUUCACCAGCGAUCAGAUCUCGUCAUACCAGGCACUCCAGGUUUCCAUUAUAUCACUGUGCAAUUUUCUGGGCCGGAUGCUUGGAGGCAUUUUCAGCGACUACCUACACAAGAGCCUGAAUGCGCAGAGACUCUGGGUGAUUGUGGUCUCCGUUGUCUGCGGGAUCUUGGGAAAUAGCACGCUGCUCCUAUUUGACAACGCUCGUUUCCUCUCUCUCAGCUCUACCUGCUUCGGAAUCAGCUACGGCGCCAUCUACGGCGCCAUGCCUGCGAUUGUCGCUGAUAACUUCGGAGCUAGACAUUUUGCCACCUCGUGGUCUGUCAUUGGAACAGGCUCGGUGGUGGCUUUUUUGAUGCUAAGUGACUAUUUCGGCAAAGACUACGAUAAACACAGCCAGUAUCUGGAGGACGGAGACGGCAAGCUUGUGCGGAUGUGUUUGAAGGGCAGCCGCUGCUACCAGAACGUGUUUGGCAUCAACCUUUUCAUCGGCUGUAUCUUGCUGGUGAGUUACUGCGCUAUGAUCUACUGUGCGAGAAAGAAAUAG